CCAGAUCAAAACAAAGAACGAAAACAACACCGGUCACCUGUCGACCGGUGCAGGAUUUGAGACUUUCUUUGAGUCUGGAAAAAAUUGCGAACGCUGGAAAGUUUAAUAAUUCUGCAGGUUUUGGUCAAAGGCUAAGAAAAUGUUCACGACCAGCACGCAGAAAAAAUUCUGGCUCUACGCUGACGAGUCGGAACUUCUGAAGGCGAGAUGCGAGGCGAAUGCCAAGUUCAUCGAAAAGCACGGCGCCCACAUGAAGGAAGAAGAACGGAGCGAAUUCUUCUUGAGUGCCAACGACGAGAAAAUUUUGCUGAGACAGUACGAGCUCCAGUUGCGGGACUUUUGCCGGCGUUUUGAGCCAAUCAUGCCAAAAUCAGUCGCGGGCACCGCGUUUCACUAUUUCAAGAGAUUUUACCUCAUCCAUUCCGUUAUGGACUACCAUCCCAAAGAAAUUCUGGUCACUUGUGUUUAUCUGGCGUGCAAAGUGGACGAGUUCAACGUGUCGAUCAACCAGUUUGUCAGCAACGUCCGAGGGAACCAAAGCAAAGCCAUGGACAUAAUUCUCAACAACGAACUGCUCCUCAUGCAAGUCCUCAACUACAACCUCACCAUCCACAAUCCCUUCAGACCCAUCGAAGGUUUGCUGAUCGACAUUAAAACAAGAAGUCAAAUGGUGAACCCCGAAAGACUGCGGCCCGGCAUCGAGGACUUUCUCGACAAGGCUUUCCUCACCUCGGCCCCCUUGCUGGUGGCCCCAUCUCAAUUAGCUUUGGCUGCCAUUCUCCAUUCUGCAAGCAAAAUUGGUGAAAAUCUGGACAACUACGUGACACAAACGCUGCUCGGGUCGUCCGGCACCGAAAGACUGACCUCCCUCGUUGAAGCUGUUCGAAAGGUUCGUUCGAUGAUCAAAUCAAUGGAGACGACACCGAAAGAAAUAAUCAGAGCUCUGGAGAAACGGCUGGAGAAGUGCCGAAACCAGGAAAAUAAUCCCGACAGUGAAAUAUACAAGCAGAAGCAGCACCAAGCACUGCAGGAGGAAGAUGAAAUGUACGGCGCAAACUACCCAACCAUGGGCGUCGGAGUUGAUUUGAAAUUUGGGGAUGAGGACUUUUACGCUUCGGAACUCAGCAGGUCUGUCAGUUCACCAUGAUGAAUGAUAACAAAAUUCAAAAUUUGCAAAUAAAUUAUUCUUUAUAGACGAA